AUGAACAAGCAGAGGGUGGUGCACGUGUCCACCAAGCAGCCGAGCUACGCGGUUUGUGUCCUGGGGACGGAGAUUUCCUUAGACAUCAAGAGCUCCAUGCCCAGGGGGGCCACAUCUUUUGAAGCCCGUGGCACAGGUGGGCUCCAGGUCUAUGUGACCUACGACCCCAGACUCCUUCCCAAGCCUGAAGGUUCGAAGAGGUGGCCUCUUGACGCAGACACCGAGGUCAUCGUGUCUCUGAAGGCUCUUAGCAGUGCGGUCAACGACAACAAGGUCAGAGUGUCCUAUUAUGAUCGAACAAGGCACACACCGAUUGCUGAAGCUUGGGUGUACAUCACGUGUAUAGGCCCGCGGAGCACACCUCUCAAAAAUGUCUCCAUCCUGCAAAGGGACAUUGUGGAUUCCGGCUUUAUUUUGGCCCUCUCCCUGGACGCCGAUAGCCGCCGAACUGGAACCGUCCAGAGCUACGCCACCAACAAGACCAAAUGGACCUGGGGCCCAGACGGAGAAGGUGCGGUAUUGCUGGUGAACUGUGACCGAGAUGGUCCAAGCUAUGGAAAUGUGGAUCACGCCUAUCCUUACGUGCGAUCCCACGCAGAUCUUCAAGACUUGUCCCUUGUGAUUCUCAAUAUCAACAGCCCCACAGGGAUCUUUUACAACCACAAACUGAUCCUUCACAUCUCCAUGUUCGAUGCUGCCAAAGUGAGAGUUUUCCACGCGGCUGAAAACACCUCGGUCUCCCACUACGAGAACAUACUGGGGUCAGACAAGCUAUCCUACACCGUGCAACCUACAGAUGGAAGAGGACAACACACCUUUUAUGUGGAGGGCCUCGCGUUCCCAGAUGGAGACUUCAAUGGCCUCGUGUCCUUGAACGCCACCUUGCUGGAGCAGACUAGCUCGACCUCACCAGCCACUCCGGUUUUUACGGAUAUGGUGGUUUUCCAUGUCGCUCCUUGGCUCAUGACCCCCAACACCCAGAGACCGCUGGAGAUCUUCGUCUGCAGCAUCGAGCAGGGUAUACACUCCAACGGAAAAUUCCUGGAGGCGAUAAAACUUCUGGCAAGGAAAGCCAACUGCAAAUUAACCAUUUGCCCCGAAGUUGAAAACAGGGGAGACCGCUGGAUUCAGGAUGAGAUGGAGUUUGGUUACGUAGACGCUCCUCAUCAAUCCUUCCCCGUCGUCUUCGAUUCUCCCAGGAACCGGGGCCUGAAGGAAUUCCCUUUCAAGAAGAUUUUGGGCCCUGAUUUUGGGUACGUCACUCGGGAACCCAAGAACGGGAGAGUAUCCAGUCUGGAUUCUUUUGGUAACCUGGACGUCAGCCCACCCGUCUCGGUUAAGGGAAGAAACUACUCCUUGGGGAGGAUCCUCAUAGGCAGCAGCUUCCCUGGAUCCGGCAACAGGAAAAUGACGAAAAUUGUCAGAGAUUUUCUGUACGCUCAGAAAGUUCAAGCUCCUGUAGAGCUUUAUUCGGAUUGGCUGACAGUGGGUCACGUGGAUGAAUUCUUGAGCUUUGUUCCGGCUCCGGGCAAGAAGGGUUUCCGGCUGCUUCUGGCCAGUCCCCUCGCUUGCUUGAAGCUGUUUGAAGAGAAGCAAAGAGAAGGUUAUGGAAAGGCUGCCCUGUUUGAAGGUCUGAGGAGGGUGGGGAAAAUUACCCUCGAUGAGAUCCUGAUGGACAGAAAUUUGCGCCAAGACAGCAAAUAUGUCCAGAGUUGCAUUGAUUGGAACCGGAGUAUUUUAAAGCGGGAACUCGGACUGACCGAACGAGACAUCGUUGAUAUCCCCCAGCUUUUCACCCUCGAAGGGUCCACUGCCACAGCCCUGUUCCCAGACAUGGUAAAUAUGCUCGUCUUAGGGGAACACCUGGGCAUUCCCAAGCCGUAUGGACCCAUCAUCCACGGCCAGUGUUGCUUAGAAGUGAAGGUCCGCUCCCUCCUGGAGCCACUGGGCCUCUCCUGCAUGUUCAUCGAUGACUUUUUCUCCUACCAUGUCUUGUCGGGAGAAGUCCAUUGUGGCACCAACGUCCUGCGGGAACCUUUUUCCUUUCGUUGGUGGAAUAUGCUUCUAUGA